UAUUUUUUCUAUUUUCUUUCCGUUCGCAUCCAUCACUUGUGGUUCGUGAGUAUCGUUGGAUAAGAUUAUGACCAUGAUACUUAUGCGGAGAUAAAAAAAAAGACGACGACGAAAGCCCAAAGAAGCCAUGUCCGAGCAAGAGGAAACCCCAUUGAACACUGAACUUGGUCGCCUUGACAAAUUCGUCGAUGCCGCUCCUCGUCAUGACUACACCAUUGACCAAACCAAGCAACAGUUGUGUCGGCAAUUGCCCAACGGACAACAACAAUGUAUCCAUCUGAACUUGGAAUGUAAGUCUCUUGAUGAAUUAGAAAGUGGCGUUUGAUGUACAAAAAACAAGGGGCACUGACGCUGACCCACCACUGGAUAUACGGUUUUAUUAGAUACCCAGAUGUUCUCGCAGAUGCAAAAGCUCGGUUUUUUUUGCGCGUUACCUAUGGAUCCCACGGAAACCCAUAUGGAAUGUCAAAGAGUCUAACUAUAACUUAUAUCUAUUUUAGUGUCAUGAUGAUUCUUAAUUUGCUUGAAAACAAGACAAGAAAGAAAGAGAAAAAAAAAGAAAAAGGAGAAAAGAAAGUGAUGCGUGGCAGUGUUAUGAAUUGGGUCAUCAUUCGUCGCAGAUCAUUCAUAUUGAUUCCCCUUGUUUCCCUUGGUGAAAGAAAAAAAAACAUUGCGGCUUUACCACACGUCACACAGCGUGCCAGUUUUCCUAAAAACGCAAUUCACUGGCUCCAACGUGGUGAGAUUGGAACUCGGCUUUUUUUGUUUGGUGUGCCUACAGACUUGGCUUUAGUGGUUUUUUUUUUUUUGUAACUUGUUC